CCCGGCCCAGGCCGCCCCUGAGACAUAAAGCCGGCCCAGGCCGCCCCUGAGGAGCCUCUGCUGUGCGCCAUGAAGGGGAGCAGCACCCUCCUGCUGGUGGCCCUCCUCGUGCUCUGCAUCUGCGGGCGGGCCACGGGGGAGGACAACGGAGAGUUUUUCAUGGAAUUCCUGCAAACGCUGCUGGUGGGUUCCCCCGAUGACCUCUACGAGGGGCCCCUGGGCAAGUACGACGUCAACGCCGACGCAAAGGCAGCGCUGGUGGAGCUCAAGUCCUGCAUAGACGGCCUGCAGCCCAUGCACAAGGCGGCGCUGGUCAAGCUGCUGGUACAAGUGCUGGGCAGUGAGGAUGGCGCCUAGGGGACCCCAGACGUGGCCACACACAGCCGUGGCUGCAUGCCCACAUCCCUC